AUCUGAUUCCCUUUAGAGCGAUCAAGGCGAUGACGCGGCGGUUAGUAGCAGCGCUGGCUGCUCUGAGUGCGGCUUCUGUGGCUUCCGCAGCGCCGUUCGCGUCCUCUCUAGAUGCCUCGUAUGUGGUACAGCUGCAUGCGACACGUGAUGGCUUCAGUCCGCCCGAGGACGGCGUUAAGAUGCGCUCACAGCUCAUGACGACUGAGUCGGGUCAGCAAUUCGAGUGUUUCCUGCCGCCGCUGGCCUCGGAAGUCGAUGACGCGGCAGCCGACGCGACAGACUCGCUGACUACUAAGGAAAAGGCGGAGAAGGAGCAGCUCGCCGCCUUCUUAAACUUUGGCCGGGCAGCGGCGCAGAAGGUGAGACCCAAGUGCGUACAAUACGUAGACAAGGAGACCGAAUGGGUCUACGAGGUCUGCUCGGGCCUGUUAAUUCGCCGCGUAAGUCUUAAAACUGCAACUAUACAAGAGGAAACGUCAGCGGAAAUGCAAGUGAAUGCAGUAGGAGAAAUAUCACCUUCGAAAGGUAAACUCGAAGGUACCGGACAUGAAGUGGAGGAACUCGGUGCGUUUGUAUCAGACUCCAGUCGCCCGGCACUGAGCUACGACCAGUUCGCCAUGCAGGAGACGCAAGAUCGAGUGAAAAAUCAUCGCAAGCCGCUCUUCACGCAGACGUUUGGCAAAGAUGAACAGCAGAUCCAAGUGCAAUUUAUCUGCAGCGCCACGUCGCGAGACGAUGGCAUUUCGGCUGUGAAGUGGAGAGAUGAUUCGCCGAAAGGAGGACCUCGUGAAGUUGCUGCCUUCCUCGUGGGCUCGAGAGUAUUUUGCGACCCGCAUCAUUCGGACGCAGACGACAACGACUUGUUUACGGUGCGCUCGCUGUUGCAGCCGCUGGAGGACGCUCGGACGUGUGUCACGCGGAAUGAAGGCUGGUGGACGUACGAAUUCUGCUUCGGGCGCUCACUGAGACAGUACCAUAGGGACGGAGACGGUCGUAUCACUGCUGAGUUCUCACUGGGCACGUUCGACGCAGCAGGCAACCGAGAGCUGGAGCGUUCAGGCUCGGCGUUGGUCUCGGAGCAUAUUGACGCAACUCAUGAUGUGUCGCGUCCCGCUUACUUGGAGCUGUACGACCACGGCACGUUCUGCAAGGAGUUUGAGAGCCAUGCACCGCGAAAGGCUAAAGUAUUCUACUACUGCAGUCAGGGAGGAACGAGUCAUCAUAUUUUGACAGUCAAGGAGACGCAGACGUGCAGCUACACGGUUAAGGUGUCGUCCCCAGUACUGUGCGAUCACCCGCACUUCCUCAACGAUGAGCAGAAGAGCGACCAGGAAGCUGAGAUUCUGCACUGCAUCCCAGUGGCAGAGGCUCCAGUAAAGACAGACGAGUAGAGAUAACGUUGAUAAAAUCAUGUUGCAAUGGAGAAGGUCGCGUUCCUGGUUACCUUUAGGUACCAUGAUCUCCCUCGGCGACACAACCGUAGCAUUGAUGCAGGCCAAAACCACUAAACUCGUGCCGGUGUUGGAUGCUACAGGUAUCAUUGCGGUGGUCCAAGCGCACAUCUACCGAGGGCUAUUCGGCAGAAGUUAUGCAAUAUAUCAUGCACACACGAUACCAUGCACCGGCGUUCAUUGCCCUACCGCUUCGACCCGACUCGAGGCUCAAGCGUUGCUGACGUGGUUUCUGAUAACGGUCGUCGUUACGUGUGCGGAAUAGCGAGGCCAAGUCUCCUUAAAACGGCUGAAGAUACCGUCGCGCGAUGCCUCCACCAAGCAACCUCCAGCAUAUCCAAAUCUUUCCCUCUACAUGAGUGAAGCGGCUCCAGCUCGGGCCUGGUGGUGGACGACGAGCAGGUUCCAGAAGACCAAUUUGUGGGCA